ACCUGGCUUUGCUUCCCCAAUAAUUUGAUCAAGUUGGCGCGUCUGGACAAUAUCCACCCUUUUUAUAUUUUUUAAAGCUUGAUAAUUCGAUGAAUUUACUGAAAUUUGCCAUUUUUUAUAUACUUUGAAUUUUACCCAUCAUAGAAAGUAUGUCAUCCCAAUGCUAAUUUUAAACAAUUUCCAUAAAAAGAUAGGACAUUUUGUGAGGAAAAUUUUUGCCGAAGACAGCAUGGCGUUUUUUCUUUCCGUUUUAGAGUUAUUCACGAUUUACUAUUUCGGCACCUACAUUUCAAAAGGGCGUAACUGCAUUUUGAAACAAACCACUCUUUCACAUCUGUGGGUCAUAUUUUAAGUUUCCCACGAAAUUCACAAACAUUACUAGACAGAGAAAUUGCUCUUCUUUCCUAUACUGGCGGUGAUUUGCAUGGCGGCAUUGAAAUACGAUCCACAGAUGUGAAAGAGGGGUUUGUUUCAAAAUGCAGUUACGCCCUUUUGAAAUGUUGGUGCCGAUUUGGUAAAAUUAGAAUUUUUAGGAAUUUUUCUAAAAAUAUCACAUAAGAACUUCCAAAAAACAAACAAAAUGAAGUGAAAAAUGACGUAUGCUCAACAAGUUUUUGUCUUCAUGCUGUUAAGGAAUUAUGGUGAUAUCAUUAAUUGAUUUUGUUAUUCAAUCCCUUCAUACAGAAGAUAACUAGCAAAGAAUUCUAAAAAAACUAGCUCUCUCGACAAGCUUUGUAUAUUGAUUUUUUUGAAGUUAUUCGCCACAAAAUGUUGAGCCAUAUUUUCGCGUUUAUCUUACUUUCCUGUCGAUUUUCACAAUUAUUUCGCCGAACGAAGACGUAUAAGUCCUGGACCAGUCAAACAGCCCAGGAAACAGUGGCAAAUUGACAAAAGGCGAACCCGUUGUUCCAUCCCAUAUUCGAAUCGUGGUUACAAACACCUUUCAUAAGAAUACCAGUUUUUAGAUAAUAAGUUCCAAUUCAAGACAUUCUAAAAAGCAGAGCAUAUCUUUUUUGACAUUUACUGACUUGAGCUAUCUUAUUUAGCAACACCGAAAAUAAGAUACACCGAGGGAAAUUGAAACGGGGAGCGGGUGGGAUUACAUUUAACCAAUUCCGGUGGAACACGCAGAGCAGGUUCCCAAACACUAUCGGUUGUCCAAAAUAUGGUCUGACACUAUUUUCUUACUAACCAUUAAUUAGCUUUCCCAAAAAGCUGCUAUUUGAUAUGUCACAUGCAUGGGUUUAGUUCACUUUUACAUUUGGUCACUUCCGGCGGAACACCCUGAACCGUUUCCGGAACACUACUGGUACAGAUAUGGUGUGAAACUAUUUUCCAUCUGACCGUUCAUCAGGUUACCGAAAAGUCGCGAUUUGAUGAGUUGCAUACAUGGAUUUGGUUCACUUUUAUAUUCGGCCAAUUCCGGCGGGACCCCCGGAGCCGGUUCCGGAAUACUAUUGGUUCAGAUAUGGUCAGCGAAUAUUUUCCUGCUUAUUGUUCAUAAGGUUAUCGGAAAUGCCAUGGUUUGGUGUGUCGCAUGCAUGGGUUUUUUGCAUUUUCAUGUCUGACCCCUUCCUGGGGUACCGGUCCGGAACACCUAAAUGGCCAUAACUCCGGAAUGGCAGGACCGAUCCGAACCAUUUUCAAUAGGAAACAACGGGACCAAAUUCCCCGUCGAAUGAACCAUCGGUCAUUAAAAUCGGCUGAGAUUUACUGCCGAAAAGUGACGUGAGUUUGUUUGUACACAUACACACAUACAUACACACACAUACAGACAUCACCUCAAUUCGACGAGCUGAGUUGAUUGGUAUAUGUGACUCAACUAUCCGUGCAAUUUAACAAGAAGUUAUUUUUGGAGUGAGCCUGUCCAGUACACUUAGUGUAAAAAAGGCAAAAAAAACGUUAGUUAAAGUGUUUAAGUGAUCAAUUUCAAUAAAGUCUUUGUUUUGAGAGUUUAAGAUAAGUUUCUAAUACAAAUUUAAUCAGUCGGGUUCCUUGCAACGUAACAUAAUAUAUAUCAUAAUAAAAAUAAAACAGAUUAAUCCACCUAGUGGUGAUAGUGCCUUUCUCGUCAAAUAUGUAAUCAUGAUCUUUUUGUCGACGCAAUCAAUCUUGCCUUAGAGUCAGUGAUCAGCCCCAAAUCUCUGUGCUUUGGUAAUGGACGAGAAGGGGGAAAUGCUCAUAACAGCGAUCUGGGAUUGUACCACCUACGAAUUUCUGAAUCAUGAGAAUACUUUAUUUAGAAAAUCAAGAAUUUUAUCAAGGUCAUCAUCGAAUAGGGGCACUUAUUCCGACGUUAUAUUCAACGUAUGGGCAGAGCUGAAAGUAUCAGUCCUUUCAUUGAGGUGGUCAUCACUGGAGGCUGAUUCAUACCAAGAUGACAAUUACUAGCCAGGAUUAAACUUUUUCCACAGAACACUUUGACAAAGUUUUAUCUGCACAUUUUAUGCUAUAUUUUAUUAUCAUUGGUUGCAAAAUUCAUGUAGAAUUUGUAAUGUAGUAAUUUGAAUUGCCAAUGCUAUAUCACAUUCAAAUAUCAACCACAUUACAGAGCUUGCCCUCCAGCCGCAUCAAAAUUUUGCGUAGUAAUUUUAGACGCAAAUAAAGAUUUAAAAUAAUGUUCCGGGCUGAUGCGCUUAAAUUUUAAUUUUUCCAUACAACGUUGAUCCAUCCUACUGUAAAUUUACGUCUCAGGAAUCUAAAAUGGUGUGAAUUGAUGAGAUCGCUAUAGUUUUUUUAGGUUUUUGGAUCUCUUACACAUAUCUAUCGCUUGCAUUCAUUAAGUUCACUUUCGUAAUUUCGCUAAGGCACCCAACGCUGCUUCUGCAACACCACCGGUAGCCUCUUAUGUAAUCUGAGUAUAUUUUGUAUUGCUUACGAGACCCCCGGAAAUGAUUCCGUAACACUACCGGUAUAUUCAAAUGUGAUCUGAGUUUAUGAAAACUGUUAAUCAGGUUACCCGGAACUAAAAACACUACCGGUAGUAACUAUUUUCCUGCUUACCGUUCCUCAGGUUAUAGAAAAAGCGGCGAUUUGAUGUGUCGCAUGCAUGGGUUUGGUUCACUUUUACAUUUAGCCACUUCCGGUGGGAUACCCGGAACCAGUUCCGGAACUCUACCGGAUCAGAUAUGGUCAGCGACUAUUUUCCUGUUUACCAUUCAUCAGGUUACAGAAAAAGCGGUGAUUUGAUGUGUCGCAUGCAUGGGUUUGUUUCACUUUUAUAUUUGGCCACUUUCGGUGAGACACCCGGAACCGAUUCUGCAACACUACCGGUACAGAUAUAGUCUGCGACUAUUUUCCUAUUUAUCGUUCAUCAGGUUAUAGAAAAGGCUGCGAUUUUAUGUGCCGCAUGCAUGGGUUUGGCCACUUACAGUGGGACACCCGGGACCGGUUCCGGUAUGCUACCGGUUUAGAAAUGGUCCGAGACUAUUUUCCUGUCUACCGUUCAUCAGGUUAUACAAAAAGCUGCAAUUUUAUGUGUCGCAUGCAUGGGUUUGGUUCACUUAUAUAUUUGGCCACUUCCGGCGGGACACCCAGAACCGGUUCCGGAACACUACCGGUUCAGAUAUAGUCUGCGACUAUUUUCCUGCUUACCGUUCGUCAGAUAAUCGAAAAUGCCGUGGUUAGAUGGGUCGCAUGCAUGGGUUUGUUGCAAUUUCAUAUCUGGCCCCUUCCUGGGGUACCGGUCCGGAACACCUAAAUGGCUAUAACUCUGGAACGACUGGACCGAUUCAAACCAUUUUCUAUAGGAAACAAUGGGACAAUAUUCCGCGUCGAUUGAAAACAAAAGCGUUGAAAUCGGAUGAUAUUUACUAUCCAAAAGUGAGGUGACAUUUUGUACACAUACACACAUACACACGCACACACAUACAUACACACACGCAUACAUACACACAGACAUCAUCUCAACUCGUCGAGCUGAGUCGAUUGGUAUAUAAUACUUGGCCCUCCGGGGGUUCUAUCAAAAUUUCAUUUUUGGAGUGAACAUAUAGCCUUUCGGUACACCUUGGUGUACGAGAAAGGCAAAAAUUUAAAUAAAUGAAAUUUAUUCAUCAUCUUCAAAAAUAUAGCGGUAAAUUGAUGCUUCUACAGAACUUUCAAAAUUCCCUUGAAAGGAAAUAAAAUGAUGCAUUUUAAUUGUGUUUUCUCGUGCAGAAAAAAUGAAUCCUUCAAACAAAUCGGGUAGACAUUUAUUUUUUACAUUUACGGCGAGAGGUUGAACAAUAAUCUGCUAUUUUUUAUUAAUUCUAACUGCUGAAUUUAGCGCGUAAAUAUAACUGAAAACGAUAACUGCAGACAAAUGCUUUAACUUAUUUUUUCCAGAACAUAAAGAAAAUUUACAAAAAUGCAGAAACUACUUAUUGAAACUAAGAAUUUUAAAAUCGACUAAAACUUAUACCAAUACACACCAUUUGAAUAAAAUAAAAGAAAAAAAAGUUAAUUUCUAGAAAUAAAUCUACAAUUUUUCAAAAGAUAUAUGUGUAUUUUUAAAAAUGACCAACAAUAUUAUUUGCCACUCACAAGUGGGUCGUGACCCAUAGUUUGAAAAUCGCUGACAUAUGAUGUUAUUGUUUGGGACUUAUUGCGAUGUGUCGGAUAAGAAUACAAAUCAACUUUUAUGUGGUAUGAAUACAUCGUAGUAAACGACAUUCAAAUGUUUUUUUUUAUUGCGAUAAAUUGAGCUUAGUCGCAAAAGUGUGCAAGCGAACUCGCAGAGUCAAAUGAAUUCGCAAAAUUGCGUAGUACGAUGAUUAUAGGACUUCGCUUGAUACUUUUCAUAUAAUGCCAUUUUAACUCACAUUGAUAUACGAAUUAAAUCGCCUAAGUGCAAUUAUAAACUCGUUAAAGGGUUCUUAUAAACUCGCAUAUGCUAGAAUCUUGGCUACAAUCGUUUAUGUUGACAUAAUGCGAUUUUAUAUGUGAAAACAAAGAAGGGUGCUGUUGGACUGCGGAUGCAGUGCCAUAUCUGAGUAGUACUUUUCGGCACACUUGCAUUAGGGGUGGAAAGUAGGCCAUUUCAGCAUACUUCAGCCAACUGAAAUGUUCAACUUUUCACAACGUAAUUACAAAAAAUAUUUUUUCCAAUUUUUUUUUUUCACUGGAUCACUUUGAAAACAUGUUUCCUGAGAUACUUGAUUGACGUUUUUUGAAAAAUAACAUUAAGCCUGUGCUUACGGGCACUUCAAAAUUUUGAGAAAACUUGAAGAUUCGUCUCUUUUCAUUUUUUAAAGAAUGUGUCCACACAUCGGAUUUUUUAUAUUUUCGCCCCCGGGGGGGGGGGGGGGGUGAUUUCGCCCACUUUGGGAAUCACUGGUCUAGAAUAUUCAACAAAACAUAGAUACUAGUUUAACGAUGUGAUCAAUUGUGUCACGAAAAAUAUUUUUGUUAGGCUAAAAUAUAAACGACUUAAAAAAGUGAGCAUUUUCCAUUUCUUUAAAAAUUUCAUCGAUAUCAAAAAUGUGUUUUCAAUUCCACUUUGAAUUAUUUUUAUUUGACUUUUUCAGAGUAGGGAUUGUUUUCAAUACUUUUUCUUAGAACUAUUUUGUGAUAAUCACCCGUACAAAAUUUGUUCGUAGAAGUUGUCAUUUUUUCAUUAAAUGCAUUUGAAACAAGUCGAUAAUAAAGUCUUACGAGAAUGUGUUUGUAAUAAAGUAUUUAUUUAACCCUCGAGCGAUCGCGCUGUUGUAUUUUGUACAACACGUUGAAAAAAUCUCGCUUUUUGUACUCAGCAUUAGUGUGGUGCUGACGCAGGUAGUCCACCGCGCGAGUUACGGAAGGCUAAAUUAAAAUAUCCUUUACAAAUGAUUGAAUUUAUGAGACAAAAUCUCCUAACAAAGUGUGUUUCAUUGGAUUCUGAGAUGAUUAUGACCUUCACUGGUUUAAUUUUUAACAAAAGACACUGAAAAAAAAUCGCUUGAACACGAAAAGUGUUUGUUCGAAAAACUGUUUCUACUUAACCAUCUGGUCGUGUAUGGCUGGUAGGGAACAUAAUAACUUAUCUUGAGACAAAAUUUCAUCAAAAUCGAAAAUGGUGUUUUUUUGAAAAUCGACUUUUAUUUUUUACGAUUUUUUCAAUGUAGGUAUCAAUUUAGAUUUCUUUCAAUAUUUUAUUUUAAUUUGACUUAUUUUGUGAAAAUCACCCAUACAACAUUUUUUGUAGUAGUCAUUUUUUUUUUACUAAACGCAUUUGAAAAAAAAAUCGGUAAUAAGAAUUUUUCCCUUUUCCAAAGACAGUCCAGAUAAAUUUGUGAAUUAUCUAGUCAAGGUCUAUACAUUCAGAAAAUGUCAUUGUAAUCGAAGAGGGUGCUGCCAACUCUGUGUACGAAAAUCGUCGUUUCAUAAGACUGAAUGAACAAUACAGAAUCUCCUUGACAGACGAAAUUUCCUUACAAAUUGUGUUUCAUUGGAGUUAGGGAUGAUUAUGGUUUCACUGGUUUAGUUUUUGAUAACAAAAGACACUGAAAAAAAAAACAUUUGGACAUGAAAAAGUUUUUGUUUGAAAAACUUUGUUUCCUUAAAAGACACCAUCUUGUGGUGUAUGGACGGUUGGUAGGGAACAUAACUACCUAUCUUGAGACAAAAUUUCGUCGAAAUCUUGUUUUGGUGUUUUUAUGUAAAUCGGCUUUGAUUUUUUUAAACGAUGUUUUUUAGUGUAGAACUUAAUUUGGUUUUUUUUCAAUAUUUUUUUCAUGAAACUUGACGCAUGAUCUGACAAUCACCCAUACAACACUUUCUUGUAGGAGCAGUCGUUUUUUUAAUCAGCACAUUUGAAAAAAAAUCGAUAAAAAAAGUUUAGCCCUUCUAGAUAAAUUUUAAAGAAACUGAGUAUGCAAAGUGGCUUAUCUAGUCAUAGUUUCAUUGGAAUCUGAGAGGAUGCUGCCAACAUUUGUUCGAGUUGGCACGAAAACCGUCAACAAAAAAAUCGUGUAAGGCCUUAGCCAGGUGUGUGGGGAUAAAUGCAGCCAUUCCAUAGAAAAACGAUAUAGUGCAUCUCCGAUUGUCGUGAAACUUGGUGGGCUUGUAGUUCUUCGGAAAUAAUUAGACCCGUAUUUUUUUAUUUCGUCAUUAGGGUGACCAAUUUUCAUAUAGGGUGGUCCAAAAAAUCAAGGUUUUUCAAAACUAAAAAUUUUCAAAAAAUCGUAACUUUUGAACCAUUUGACCGAUUUUAAACUUCUUUUUUUGUUUGAAAGCUAUUGAAUAGUAGUUUUUAGGAAAAAUACGUUAAAGGGGCUAAAAUGUAAAGAGUACUAUAAAAUAUGCAAAUAUAUUAGAUUUUUCACGUUUUCAUGGUCUCGGGACCAUAGAGGUACCCUGAUUUUAUAUUUUUAUCAAAAAAUUCAGGAAAUUUGGCGUAACAUAUCAAAAAAUCAGAAAUGAAAAUUGGUCACCCUAAUGACGAAAUAAAAAAAUACGGGUCUAAUUAUUUCAGAAGAACUACAAGCCCACCAAGUUUCACGACAAUCGGAGAUGCACUAUAUCGUUUUUCUAUGGAAUGGCUGAAUGCUUUUAUAUUAUCCACGAUAUACGCAAAUGUUCGUGCUAUGCUAUUUAGUAGGAAAACCCCGUCAACGAACUUCAGUAGUGGCAUUGAAGUGAAAUCGUCAAGCAAAAUGCUUCACAUUUUGUGUCUAUUCCGUUUGUCGAAUGGCAGAAUUUAGAUGAAUUUUGAAACGCGAUAAGCUCUGGACAAGGGGAUUCCCUUAUGGGCAUGGCCCAGUACAUGCGGCAAUAUUUGCGAGUAAUUGCUAGAGCAUUACCAGUUCGUGAUUUUCUUUGGAUUUUGCUAGACAGUCGUCUUGUAUCAGUCGAAAACAAAUGAGGAGAAACGGUUUGCUGCGUGUUUUGUGGAUUUGGUCCAUCAUAGGAUUGGCAUCUACAAGAGAGGAGGUCAACUGUUUGGAUGGUAAUAGAUGUGCUGAUGUGCAGCUGCAUGUUCAAGGACCGCGGGAUGUCGCUGCUGUUAUGCGGAACUAUGCAAACUCAAGGAAAGUGGACUUUCAUGGAAUCCUACUAUCGCAGUUUAUCGAUAGUUACGCUCAAAGUCCUUGGGUUCAAUGGGAAAAGCUAAACCUUUCCUACAAUUUGCUCGAGGAUGAUUUUUUUGUAAAACUGAAAAGCCCUCAACUCAAAUCUGUCGAUAUUACGUACAAUUUGUUAAAAACUGUUACAGUACUCCCUUCAGUAAAGGAGUUCAUAGCCGAAAGAAAUAAUUUAACCAGUAUCACCAUCAAUUCAAGAAUACUGGAAAGGUUAAUUCUACCGAAGAACAAAUUCAACUCGUUAGAACAAUUUAAAAACCUGCAGCAGUUGAAAGAGCUAGGCUUAUCAUGUAAUCAACUGGAAAAACUUAAUUUGGAUGAGCUUUCGUCAAUGUCGAGCCUCGCCAUUCUGAACAUGGCGAACAAUCAAAUCCACAUUGUUGAAGGUAGCUGUCAAUUUGCAUCACUGCAAUAUCUAGACUUGUCCAGUAAUUUACUGACAAUUGUCGAUGAGCCAUUCGCGAGUUUUCCAUCAAUCAAACACCUGUACCUUCAGAACAACAAAAUUGUCAUGUGGAUUAAAAAUAUAACCGUACCGAGAAGUCUACAGAGAAUUAACAUACAUAACAAUGAUUGGGACUGUGCCAAUGUGAACGCCCUUAAACAAAAAAUCGCGUAUAUAAUGGUUCGAAGAUCAGAAAAUGUCACCUGUACAAACGCAGAUUCUCCUUAUGUCGAUCGAGUGAUCAAGUACAGAAAGCAAGAGUUUUAUCAGCUUAAGUCAGAAGCAGCCCAGCGAAACGGCAGUAUUUCGUGUAAAUCGUACAAGCCCAAUCCAUGCGAUGGGGAUGACAAUCGGGUCUAUGAAGUGGCCAGACCGGAAAUGAAUAUUAUUGACAAUUAUUCUAAGCGUAUCAUGAUGCAACUUCAGAGUGAAUUAAAACGCGAGCAGAAUUAUAUAGGUUUACUCCAACAGCAAAUUGCAGCAGCACAGCAGAAAUACGACAAACUCAAUCGUGGAAACUCCGAUUUGGUAAACUACAUUAAUGAUGAGUAUCUUGGCGCAGGACUCAGCGGUAAGAGCGAUCCAAGUUGAAUGAUAUAUUCGAACAUUAUGAGCGAGAUAACGCAAGAUGGAAGAAUGAAAUCAGAGCUGAGGAACGUAGAAAUGAGGACAAGUUAAAAGAAAUAACCACAGUCGAAAAUGACAUAGAUGACUUGGAAAACCAGAAAAACCAAUUGCUCGAGGAGUUGAAUGAAUGCAACAGAACUUUGAUUGUUCUCCAAGCUAUUCGAGAAAUGAACACUGAGUAGGUACGGCUGGACAUAAUGGAAAACGAAAGGAAUCUGUUCUGCCUUACAAUAGAAAACACCCAUCUGGCGUAACCAACUAUCUGUACCAUGAAGAACAACAAAAUGUCCAUGCUUAGAUAAUAUGUUUAGUGUUGAGCCACAAAUGAAUACCGCCGUUUUGCGUGAAACUGAUCACUUUUAGCAGUGGCACAAUUAGUGGCGUGAUUAGGACGAAUAAAAAAUAUAUAAAAAUAUGUUCAAUGAUGUUAUACUAGAGAAACAUUUCGUUCGAAAAUAUUUAACAAAGUUAGGGUCUUGGACUAUUUAGGCAGGGGGACCAAUUUUGGGCACUUUGCGCUCCAACUCAGCUAACAAUGUACCAAUUGACAUCAUAUUUUGUACAUACAAAAUCAGAAAUUGCCAAUGAAGAAGUAGGAAUGGGAGAAAUAAUAAACUACAAAAGUUCCAUAAACAAAUAAAAAAGUGCAUAAAUGAAUCAAAAUUUCUCAUAAAUAAUUGGGUUUCGAGCAAUAAAUAUGUCGGAGUUUCCACGAAU